AUGAAUUCCACUGAUGUUGAAUAUCCAUUAUUUGCAACUCCAGGUAAACAAUUAAAAAUUGAAAUUAAUGAAACAUUUAAAAAUGAUCAAGAUUUAAAAGUUAUUGGAAUUUAUAAUGAAAAAUUUGUAGUCUGUUUUAAAUCUACUAGUGGUGGUGAAGUUACAUUAUUCGAACUUGAUUCUAAUGAUAAAACAAAUCAUUUUAAAAAAUUUUCAAAUAUUUGUAAAGAUCAUCAAAAUUGUCAAAAAAAUACCAAAUUUUUAAAUAAUGACACAAUCUUUAUUGAAUGCUUAUAUUCCGAUGAUUAUUAUCAUUAUUCAAUUUUAAAUUUAUCAAAUGAAAAAAUUUAUAAAUCAAAUGAUUAUAUUUAUGGUAGAUCAUAUCCAAUUAGUAAUGAAUUAAUUAAUGAAUGGAGUAGAAUUCAAUUACCAACGAUUGCAGAUCCAAAUAAAAGAAUUGAAUUUAUUAAAGUUGAUUGCUUUAAUUUUGUUUCAGGUCAAGGUGAAUUUAUUUGUAUAUUCAGACCAAUUGCUGGUGAAAUAUUUUUACAAAUUCAAACAAGUUGUGAUUUUAAGAAAUUAUUUGUAACUUCAAUUUUUCAAAAUAAAAUUCAAAUUAGUGUUAGAUUAAUUAAUAAUGAAAGUAAAAGUGGUGAUGAAAUAAUUGAAAAUUGGACCAUUAAUAGGGACGAUCUCGUAUCUCCAAAGAAAAUCCAAGAACCAUAUUUAUUAAUAUUCACAAAAUCGGAUAUCAUCAUUCACAAUUUCGAGAAAACCAUUGGUAAAACUUGGUUUAUUGAUUUUGAAAAAGAAACAACUAAAAUCCAAGAUGGUAGUUUCAUUACAAAUAUUAAAAAUACAUUAAUUCAUUGGAAUAGACAUACAACAAUUGUUGAAAAUAAUAAUAAUAAUAAUGAAAUAUCCCAUCUUUAUUUAAAUAUUUGGGAUAUUGAAAAAGGACAAUCAAUUAAAUCAAUUAAAGUUAAUAAUGAAAAAUAUUCAAGUUCUAAACCACCAAUUUCAAUCAUCUCAACAAAUAAUAAUUCAAAUUUAGUAAUUAUUAAUCCAAAUAAUGAAAUUGAUACAUUAAAAUUUAAUUAA